GUUGCCGCUAUAGUUUCUGUCACUUGCAGCAACUUAAAUGCUGGAAGCAAGUCGACCCUGAGAGAUUUUUUAUUUUAUUUUAUUUUGUACCUUUAAUUUUUGUUUGUUUGUUUCAUGUAUCUCGCACCAAGAACUUUAGGAUCAGUAUAAUUUUAUUACUUUUUUUUUUUUUUGCAACUUUUUUUUUUCAUUGGAGCUGGCAGUGAAGAAUGAAGAAUAAGAAAGAGGAAACUGAGUGAAAACACGCAUAUGAGGGGGAAAUAGCUAACUUAAGCGUACCAAAAAUAUUUCAUUUAUAUGUAUUUGGAAGUUUUGCACUUUUUUUAAUAUCUCUCAGGUGUCUUUCGUUUUUAUACCUUAUUAUUGCACUUUGAAUAGCUCUCAGGAUCAAAUCAUGUCAUCUUCAUCACCAUCAUCAUGCAGCUCGAGCCAUCUUCAGCAGCAGAGGGCUAGGGGCAGCACGGGAUCCCCCACCAUCUCUUCAUCGUCAUCAUCAUCCUCUUCCUCAUCCUCAUCCUCAGUGGUUAACGGGGCGAGGCGGUUGCUGCAGCCAGUCCGUGCCACAGUGCCGUACCAGCUGCUGCGCGGGAGCCGCCGCUCCUCUCCCUCCUCCUCCUCCUCCUCCUGUUCUUCUUCUUCCUCCUCCUCAUCGUGUGCGUCAGCCGGGGGCGACGUCGCAGCACCGAGAGCGCCCGGUGCCGCCGCCGCCGCGAGCCCGACGCGAGUCGUAGUAGGAGCCGGAGUGACGCCGCUCGCGCGCGCGCCUGCACACGGAAGCGGCCACCACGGCUCCGCGGACUCCGCCGCGCUGACCGCGCGCUCCCCGCCGCCCGAGCUCGGCCGAGGCUCACCGGAGCGGCGCGCCGCCGAGUCACCUGCUCUCCGAGUUGAAAGGUCAAAAGGCCAGCAGGUGUGGAUCAGACGCACUUCCUCUCUAGGCGCCAUCACCGUCCCGUACCUGACCGGCCAGUGGCCUCGUGACCCCUCAGUGCUCUACCCGUCGUGCAUGAAAGACAAAUCCACACAGACUCCUAGAUGCUGGAGUGAAGACUCGCCCGAGAGGAAGCUGAGGAACACCCACCAGCGCUCGGCGUCCUGGGGCUGCGCCGACCAGCUUAAAGAGAUUGCUAAGCUCCGCCUGCAAUUCCAGCGCACUAAACAAGGAGGAAGUCGCCAUAUUAAGGACAGUAGGGAGCUUCUGUCUCCCCUCCACUGCUGCAUCUUCACCACCACACACACUACCAGCAGCAUGUCCAGCCAAGCCACGUCUCCCAUGUCGAAGCCGGCACAGAUGACCCUGCCCAACAUCACCGUACCGAAACCGUCCAUCUCACGCGUUCCCAGCAGCAUGGAGGGCAUCAAUCACGAGCUGGAGAAAGUCUUUAUUAAAGAUAACGGAGAGAAGGAAGAGCUGAAGGCAUUGGAGGUACCCGAUGGACGUCGUGCCCCAUUUCCUCCUCAGCAGCGGAGCAGCAGUACAUGUGGUUUGGACUCUCAGAACCCAGCGGUACUUGGCCGCUCCAGCAGCUGUUCCAGCGCGUCACCGUGUCCGGCAGGAUCACACGAUGGCAGCCCGUAUUCCACAGAUGAGCUCCUCGAUGACCGAGACAAAGACAGCGGCAGCAGCUCCCCUCUUCCCAAAUUUGCCUCGUCGCCCAAACCCAACAACAGCUACAUGUUCAAGCGGGAGCCUCCUGAGGGCUGCGAGAAGAUCAAAGUGUUCGAAGAAACAACGUCGAGACAGUCCUCUACAACCCCUCUCUUCUCCUGCCCUGAUAAAAACAAGGUGAACUUCAACCCCACUGGCUCAGCUUUCUGCCCUGUCAGAAUACCAGGCCCUCUGCUCCAGCACUCGGCCUCCCAAGCUGACGAAGUGGACGAGGAGGGUGGACAUCCCAGUGGUGUGACCUCCUCAGCCAUGUACGCCCUGCUCCACCCCACUCAGGUCUCCAUCAGCACCAGCACAGACGAUCCGCCAGAAGCAGCUGGCACGUCUCCGUCCCAACAAGAGGCAACACACACAAACUCAGAACUGUGCAGUUAGCUUCAUUUGCCCAGAGCUGGUCUCUGUGGCACUUCGUGCCCUUCAUAGAUGACUAGGUGCCCCCUUUCCACCUUUUUCUGAACUGAAAACUCCACUGUCUGCAUGUCAUAGUGACACACAAGGUUCCGAACACAAGAAUAACGUUCCAGUUCAAUCCGUUCUCACGUUUGCCCCAUUUUCUUACGCACUGUUACUGACAGGGACUGAAGCUAAAAGGCUAUAGUGUGCAAGUGUGCAAGCUGUAUUUGGAGCAGCACCACAGAAGCUGGUGAAAAAUUAUAUAUAUAAUAUUAAUGUUAAAAUAAAGAGCGUGAGGGUUUUAUGGACACAAAAUAUGCAAAUGUAAGUUCAAUGUUAACCUUAAAUGACGAAAGAAAAAAGAGUGAGCUGUCAUUUUUUUUUCUUCAGAAGUUCCAAGGAGCCGUUUUUUUUUUUUUUUUUUUUUUUUUUUUAGGGAACUCUAAGAACUAGUUAUCUUGAGAUAACAACCUAUUUCCUUGCACUGAGAUCGAGUAUCUUUUUUGGGUUAACUUUAUGCAAUAAGACUAAACAUUCAGUUUAGUGUCUCAAUGAAACCACUUUCACAUAAAAAAGUCAACAUAGAAAUAAACAUUAUUGUGGAUUUUUUUUUUUUUUUAAGUAGGACAUGUCAAGACAAUUCUUAACUAAUAACUAAUUACUUCUCUUGUUCAAGAGUCUUUAUUUACCUGAUUUUCCAAGUAUCUACCAAGUUAGUGAACAUACUACCUAAACACUUUGCUAGCUAACUGAUGAUUAGCUGUGCUUUUUAGCCUUAUAUGCCCAUAUGAUGUGCAAUGAUGUAAGCAAUGUCCUGCAAGAUGAUGUAAUUUAUUAUUAUUAUAAUUAUUAUUAAUAUGAAUAAUUUUUCAAGGUUUUAUGAAAUGUCCAGACCGUCUUGCUGACAUUAGCAAAGAACAUUAACAUUUUUUAAAUGUAAACAAUGUUCUCAAAUAUUCAGCUAGCUAGCUCGGAUUACCUAGUUAUUUACAGUAUAGUCAUUACAGAUACUCAUGAUUACGUCGUAAAAUCCUGUCAGCAAUCAUCUCAGAUUAUCUUAUACUACCUAGUUUCGCUAGCAUUGAUUAUGACUUAGAAUUUCUGUCAUAGAAUUUCUGUCAGAAAUUGUGACAUGUUAUCUAGCUUGCUUGUGUUAGCAUAGACAGUUAUGAUUAUUAACAAUAAUGACUUGAAAUUCUGUCAGAAAUCCUUUUGAGCCACAUAAUAUUGGCAGAAAAUAUUAGAACCAUUUUUGAUUAUGACCUCUAAAAUCCUUUCAGAUAUCCUGUAAGGUUGGGUUACAUAAGUUUGCUGGUUAGCAUUAGCUAUGAAGGUGAGUAUGACUGAAAGUUCUUGUUAGGAUAGCCAAUGUUAGUUAGCCAACUGGUAAUGAAUGUUAAUGCUUAUGAGCCAAGAUCCUUUCAGAUAUCCAGUUAGAUCAUAUUAACUAGCUGGUUGGAGUUAGCAAUGAAAAUGAAAUUUCAAAUUGGCUCAUGUUAGCUAGCUGACUAGCAUUAGCAUUGAAGCUUUUGUAAUGAAAAUAACAAAGAUUAAGUAAUCCGAAUCAAAAUCCUGUCAGAAAUCCUCUCAGGUUAGGUCAGGCCUACGAUGAGGAUAUUUUAUGUUUACAUUUAGUUUCAAGAAAAAUAAGUCGUCAUUUCGAGAUAAUUGGAAGAGAAAGUGAUAUAAUAAUCAACAGCCUCUUGGGACUUCUGAUUUUAUUAUUUUUUUCAACUUUAUUCUCAUCUUAUUUAUACAGUUUGACAUUGAGUUCUGGUCACACUUUUUGAAUUAGCUUUUUUUGGUGUGAUUCAUCUUCUCACUCAUGUGGAUUUGAACGAUUGCACAGCUUCGCUUUCUGUUGAGUGAGUGAGAUUUAAGCAAAUAACUGCUCGACUUAAGCAGGAUACCUUCUUUUUCAGCUACAACACAGUAAUGAUUGCUUUUAGUGAAGAAGAUUAAAAAAACGUUACAUUGAAAAGGCUUCAAGUAAGCUUUAACAGGAAGGGUCGGAUGCAUGUAUCUGAAAUUGAUCAUAUAUGUUUGACGAUUACAGUGUCAUGUCUGUUUUCUUUUUUUUUUUAAACAUUUACAGUAUGAAUAAGCUCUCUCUAUCUAUAUCUAUAAAAUAUCUAUAUCAAUAUAGAUAUAUGAGUAUCUAUAUAAAAAAGAUAAAAGCUUGCUUGAGUUGAGAACUGUUUAUUGCUUUAUGUAUGUUGUAGAGAAAAAAAUUGUGAUCUACUUUUUGGAAUUACGUUUACAGUCUGUCUGGGGUUUUGUUACUUUUAAGAAAUUAAAUAAAAAAAAAAAUAGUUUUAAAAAAUGUAAAAAAAAAAAAAAAAAAAAAAAGCAUAAAAAACGCUAUAAUAUUGCACAGUAUUUGUUUAUAGCCCAGCUUCAGGUGUGAGUUUAAACUCAGGUAAUUUGCACUCUACAGUGUGUCCAUUCUCGUGCUGAGCUCCUUAUUCAUACACACAUUCAUACACACCUGAACACACACACUCAUAUAUAGUAUGCACUUUCCUCCGCAGUCCCUGAUGUGAAUCAGCUUUUUAGUUCACAAAUAUUACACGUGACAUUCUGUGUCUCUUUCGCAUGUACAGUAUGUUAAAAGCUGCCGAUCCAAUUCUAGGGCCAAAUCAUUCAUGAUGAGUGACAGAGUGAUUUAUAAGCAACUAAUUUGUAGCAACAGUAAAAUAAUCAUGUUUUUGCGUCGAUUCAGGAGGUCAUGAGUGCACCGUGGCCGUUGGAUCUCCUUCAGAAUGACCCUGGUUUUAUGAACUACACACCAUACAAGUUAUAACGCUGAGACGUUUGCCUGCUUGAAGGUGGAAAAUUUCACAUAUUCAUGUAGAUUGCACUUUUUAAGGAGUUUUGGUAGAACCAUCACAUUGUCAACAAAUCAUCAGUACCACAAAUAAAAUUACUGCUUCCUAACAUUAAUAAUAGUUGUCAGCUGUGGAUGCAAAAUCAGCUGCCAAGGUUACUUUUUAUUGCUGUGACCCAAACGUAUAAAGCUACAGUAUGGCUGAUUGGAAAAUAACGAGCUUGUCAAAAUUACUAGUUUCCUGCUAGUAACUAUGACAUUAUUGCAAGGGAUAUGUUUUAUGCUUGGAGAUACCUGAUUGUUCUGAUUGGUCGGUCGUUGCUGGUUUUUCUCCUGGGCAACCACAAAGACCGAAGUUGCUUAGCAAAGAUACAGUAAUAACCUUGGCAAAAAAAAAGUCUGUUCUAUAGCUAUAUCAUGAAUAAAACAAACCGAGUGAUGUAUUCACUAUAGACAGACUUUAGUGGAUGUGUCCUAGAGUCCAUAUUAACUUGUUCAACAAGUUAUACUGUAGGUAAUAGAAAUAAAAGUGUCCGUCACACCUCAAUCAUUUUUUUUUUUUUUUUUUUUUUUAGCAUCUCAUUAUAUCCUAAUUUUGACAGAUCUGUUAAACAGAGCUUUAGUAUUUGCUAAACUCACAAUCACCUGACUGCUAACACCAAGCUAUCCGUAUUGCAUGGACCCCAUGACUGUUUCCAUGUUGUAGAUCUUAUUAGUUUAAAUGCAUGUGUUUUGAAGGGUCAUACUGUAAGUGUUCUAUUAGUUCAGUUAAGGCAUGAACCAGUGAGAAACAGGUGCAGAUGAUGACGGAUGACUGGGUGAUUAGUAAUAAGUAUGCUGGUGAUGCUAAAUGCUGAAUUUUUGGAACAGAUGAGAGGGGAAACAUGGUUGCUGCUGAGGUUGUAUAAUUUUUAAAUGAUAUCUUUAGGCACUUUGCAGCCGGUCACGGUAAAACGUUUUAUUUACUUUAUACUACACCUCAUUAUCAGACAUCAGUAGUUAAUUGAAUGAAUGAUACUGUCUAAGAAUUUGUGCAAUAAUAAUAAUAUUAAUAAUAAAUCUUUUGCUGUUUGCAAGGUAAAUUAAUUGCUUUAAAGCCUUACAUUUUAGGAGAAUGAAUAUUCCCUCUCCAGUCCACAGUGUUUGACAAUAGCUUGAACAGAGAACAUUUAUAGCAUACUUUAAAUUGUUUUUUCCUUAUUGAUUCAUUUUUCAUACAUGUCACCAACAAGAUAUAUUUAAGACAUGAAAUAUGAUAUGUAAGACACAUAGAAAUGUUGUACUGUACAUACAGUAAGUGCUUAAGCCUAGAUUGGGUGACUUACCUCCCUGGAGGUUUUACUUCCAAUGGCGCUAAUGUUCAGGUCAUCCUUAUCAGGAAUCAAACACUCCAGGGAUGUAGAUCAACAGAUCUGGCUUUUGGCACCCCAUGACCAUAAAACACAAAUUGAUCUAUAUAUUUCCAUUAUAUCAUCUGUAACAUUUUGUGCUUUGGCACUGCUGGGUACUGUGAGUGUUUCCGUAUCAAACCAGCGUUACAGUGCGAACGAUAGUCAGAGAUUUUGUUCCGGUUAGAACAUUGAAGGUGUGUUGCAAGAAGCAACUUUUAGAGGAAAUUUAAGAAUUGCAAAAAGGGAAAAAUCUGCACUUAAACACUCUGAUCACAGUCCUGUCUAUUGGUGUACGCCGCUUCUUGUCAAUAUGGUUCAAGUCUCGUAGUUUUGACUUUAGUGUAGCCAUGCAGUAUCAUACAGCUUCAGCUGCUCAGAUUGUUACUUACUGAAUUUCACCAUUGGUUUAACUAUUGUCCUGACCGACGGUACAGGAAAAAAAAACAUGACUCAUACUCCUCAGCCUGAACUUUGGGCUGUUUCCUUUCUUUUUCCCCUGUAAAAUAAACUAUUGUGUCUUAUUUAAAUAAAGGUUAUUAGUAGAAAGAGUA